AUGCGCCGCAAGAAGAAUGCCAAGAAGGGCAUCCAGUUCUGCCUGAUGGUCUGCGGCGCCUCUGGCACCGGCCGCACCACCUUCGUCAACACCCUCUGCCAGAAAACCGUCCUCCCCCACAUCGACUCCGAUGCGCCCCCCUACCUCGACGGCGAAAACACUGGCGAGCCUUCGGUCAAGAUCAAGCCCGUCACUGUGGAGCUGGAGCUAGAUGAGGAGGGCACACGGGUCAGCUUGACCAUUGUCGACACCCCGGGCUUCGGUGACAGCAUCGACAACGAGGCCAGCUUUGGCGAAAUCAGCAGCUACUUGGAGCGCCAGUAUGAUGACAUCUUGGCCGCCGAGAGCCGCAUCAAGCGAAACCCGCGCUUCAGGGAUAACCGCGUGCAUGUGCUUCUCUACUUCGUCCAGCCCACCGGUCACGGUCUGCGCGAGCUGGAUAUUGAGCUUAUGCGCCGCCUCUCCCCCCGCGUCAACGUGAUCCCGGUCAUUGGCAAGGCCGACUCGCUCACCCCGCUCGAGCUCGCCGAGAGCAAGAAGCUCAUCAUUGAGGACAUUGAGCACUAUCGCAUUCCAGUCUACAACUUCCCAUACGACAUCGAAGAGGACGACGAGGACACGGUCGAGGAGAAUGCAGAGCUUCGCGGCCUCAUGCCCUUUGCUAUCGUCGGCUCCGAAGAUAUCGUGGAGGUGGACGGCCGAAGGGUGCGCGCGCGUCAAUACCCCUGGGGUACCGUGGAAGUGGACAACCCGCGCCACAGCGACUUCCUCGCCAUCCGCUCCGCUCUCCUGCACAGCCAUCUUGCCGAUCUCAAGGAGAUCACCCAGGCAUUCCUCUACGAGAACUACCGUACCGAGAAACUCUCCAAGUCCGUCAGCAACGCCGCCGACGGUUCUGGCGGUGCCGCGUAUGGAAGCGUCGAAGAUGGCUCUCUGGACCCGCAAAGCUUGGCGACUCAAAGUGUCAGGCUGAAGGAGGAGCAGUUGAGGCGAGAGGAGGAGAAGCUGCGAGAGAUCGAGAGCAAAGUGCAGCGUGAGAUCAAUGAGAAGAGACAGGAGCUACUGGCCAGGGAAUCGCAGUUGAAGGAAUUGGAGAGCCGCAUGAUGAGAGAGCAGACGCCGAGCCAACCCACCGUUGAAGAGGACGAGUCGGAGGCUGGCGCUUCUUAA